AUGUCUUCCCACGAUACCCGGUCUCUCCGCCAAUCCAAGCGGUUUUCAGUCACUGCACUGUACCUGUCGAUGUCCGCGAAGGACAGAGACUUGGAAAUCUCAGAUGAUUUGGCGAAGGCCCAAAAAUAUCUACGAGAGCUCAAAUCGAAGAUCUCAACCCAAUCGAAGAAAAACUUUGUCCUGGAAAAAGAUGUACGAUAUCUGGAUUCGCGGAUCGCCUUACUUAUCCAGAACCGUAUGGCCCUUGAGGAGCAAAAUGAAGUUGCAAAUCACCUCGACGAAGCUAUUGAUCCCCAAGAGGGUUUCUUCCCCAACGACGAGAAAACUCAAAAAUAUGGCAAUCUGCUCUUCCUUCUCCAAUCCGAACCUCGUCAUAUCGCCCACCUGUGUCGUCUCGUUUCCAUGUCGGAAAUCGACUCCCUCCUCCAGACGGUCAUGUUCACCAUCUACGGUAACCAGUACGAAAGUCGUGAAGAGCAUCUUCUUCUCACCAUGUUCCAAUCUGUCCUCACCUACCAGUUCGAUAAUACUCCGGAAUACUCCUCGCUUUUGCGCCAGAAUACCCCAGUAUCCCGCAUGAUGACUACUUAUACUCGCCGUGGCCCUGGUCAAAGUUACUUAAAGCAGGUCCUGGCCGACCAGAUUAAUCGGUUGAUUGAGUACCGCGAUGUCGACUUGGAAAUCAACCCCCUGAAGGUGUACGAAACGAUGGUCAUGGAACAUGAAGAGAAACAUGGCUCGUUGCCGGCGGAUCUGCCAAGAUCCAUUACUGCAGAGGCUGCAGCAGAAAAUGCCCAGGUCCAGGCCAUCAUUGCACCACGGUUGAGGAAGUUGACGGAGAUAGCCAAUGGAUUUCUAACAACAAUCAUUGAUUCAGUAGAUGAGACGCCUUACGGUAUCCGAUGGAUUUGCAAGCAGAUUCGAAGCCUUUCUCGACGCAAAUAUCCUGAUGCUCAUGACCAAACCAUCUGUACCCUGAUUGGAGGCUUCUUUUUCCUUCGCUUCAUCAACCCCGCCAUCGUCACCCCGCGGUCUUAUAUGUUGAUCGACGCAACUCCUACAGAGAAACCUCGGCGUACAUUGACCUUGAUUGCAAAGAUGCUCCAGAACCUGGCAAACAAACCCUCCUACGCUAAAGAGCCAUAUAUGGCCAAACUACAACCGUUCAUUCAGCAAAACAAGGAGCGUGUCAACAAAUUCAUGCUGGAUUUGUGCGAAGUGCAGGACUUCUAUGAGAGCCUCGAAAUGGACAACUAUGUAGCUCUUUCCAAGCGCGACCUCGAGUUACAGAUCACUCUAAACGAAAUGUAUGCCACUCACGCCCUUUUGGAAAAGCACAGUGUGGCUCUUGCUCAAGACCAACACUCGCGGCUACAUGAGCUCUUGAAUGAGCUCGGCACAGCACCGACCCAAGUUCCGCGCAAAGAGAACAGGACUAUCACCGUUCCCCUCUUUAGUCGAUGGGAGGCAGCCGUGGACGAUUUAACAGCCGCUUUGGACAUUACCCAGGAGGAGAUUUUCUUUAUGGAAGCUAAAUCAACCUUUGUCCAAAUCCUGCGAUCUCUGCCUCCAAAUUCCGUAGUCGCUCGCCGACCGCUCCGACUCGAUCGCAUCGCAGAGGCCGCAGCUACCUUGAAGAAUGAUGCCGUCAUGGUGCGGAAAGGUAUUCGCACCAUGGAACUGUUGAGUCAGCUACAAGAAAUGGGAGUUAUCGAUCGGUCUGAUGAGUUCAGCCUGCUUCGAGACGAAGUCGAACAGGAAUUGGUGCACCUGGGAUCUUUGAAGGAGAAGGUUUUGGACGAGACCAAGAAGCUUGAGGAAGUCUUUGCGACAAUCCGUGACCAUAACGCAUAUUUGGUAGGCCAGUUGGAGACAUACAAGUCCUACCUGCACAAUGUCCGUAGCCAGUCAGAGGGGAAACAGAGAAAGCAGCAGAAACAUCAAGAGCUCGGACCUUACAAAUUCACUCACCAACAACUUGAGAAAGAAGGCGUGAUUCGAAAGAGUAAUGUUCCCGAGAACCGGCGAGCCAACAUCUACUUCAUGUUCAAGAGCCCAUUGCCAGGCACUUUUGUGAUUAGCCUGCAUUAUAAAGCUUCUUAUUGGAAUACUAACGAGGAGCAUGAAACAGGUCGCGCUCGCGGGCUUCUGGAGCUUGAUCUCAAGCUUGAUGAUCUGUUAGAAAUGCAGAAAGAUAAUCUUGAGGAUCUAGACCUUGAAUACGUGCAAUUCAACGUUUCCAAGGUGCUACUACUCUUAAACAAGCGGUUUGCACGCAAGAAGGGUUGGUAA